AUGUCUUUCAUUCGCCUCUUGCUUCAUAGGGGAAAAAAGGCGAAACGCAGGGCCAAAUGGGGAUCGAUAUUCGAGCUCCCAUCAUUCGCCAAAGGGCCACCCCUACAGGACGUUCGCGGUCUAAUUCAUCUAAAACCCCCGGAAAUACUUCCUGCUGAUGUACUACGCAAUAUGGAGAAGAAUGAACUCAGGCUAGACGAAACGGUGGAGCUUAUAGCCAUAUCUACAAGAACCAGCAACUCCACCGGUGUCGAAGGCAACGAAGCUAACAAGCUGUAUAAUCUGAGCAUGGAAGCAGAUGAAAGCGAUGAUCUAGCAUUUGAAACGACUUCCAAGUAUCUAGCAGUUACGAAGGAGAUGAAGUUAUAUGGCAUAGAAGGCUUAGACGGGUAG